CUUUCCUCUUGCUACCCCUUUUCCCCAAGUCAUAAGGCCAAUAGUGGACUUCUUGAUGCAGAGGCUUCUCUCAAGAAUUUCUUGUGAAGAUGACACUCUCAUGAGACCAUGGUCAUGCACAACAUAGCCAUCUAUAACUCUCGCUGUCUCUCUCUCUCUAGGCCCACUUACAAGUGAGUGCAUGCACAAGAGGGAGGGUGCUAUAACUAUCAUGCACCACCUCUCUCUUCUCCCCCCUCCCCCCUCCCCUCUCUAUACUCUCAUGACACAUGAUUACAUGAGGGCAUAUAAGACAUGAAGGUGUUCAAGGGAAAGAUUUGGGCAGCCAUAGGGUCGAUCAUGGACCACGCGGGCACGGCAUCCACCAAGGCCUCCUCGGCGGCCGUCCCGGACCGGGCGCUACUCGCUGACAUCGAGGCGGCCAUCGAGCGGUGCACCGGCAGCGGCGGCAGGGGCAACGACGACCGGCACGUCCACGAGAUCCUCUUCCUCGUCUCCAACGCGCCGGGCGCGAUCACCUUCCUCUCCCGCCGCAUCACGGCGCGCCUCGAGGCCGCGCGCGCCCCGGCCGCCGCGCUCCGGUCGCUGCUCCUCGUCCACCGCCUCCUGCGCGCCGGCGAUCGCUACUUCGAGCAGGACCUCCGCGGCCUCUGGGCGUCCCGCGACCUCCGCGUUGACGCGCCACAGUGCAGCUGCUCACCCUUCGCCGCCGGCGUCGACUACGUCAGCGCCGGCGCCGCUGCCGCCACGGGCGCCUUCACCUUCGUCCAGGGCUACUCGGCCUACCUCGAGGAGCGCAUGCAGUGGGUGAUCAACCAGGCCGGCAACCUGGAGCCCGCGCGGCCGCCGCCGCCUCACCACGACGGCAAGCUCCAGCCCCUUCCCUCCUCCUCCCACGACGCCGACGCCGAGACACUCCUUUUCAAGCUCUCCAUGUGCCAAAGGCUGCUCGACCUCGCCAUCCAGCUAAUGCCGGACAACAACACGAGCACCAGCGCCGCCGCCCGGUCGGCCUUCGGCAUUGUGCUCCGGGAGAGCUUCAAGGUCUACGACGCGUUCACGGAAGGUCUCGACGCGAUGCUGCUGCGAUCGAGGAGCCUCGCUGGACUAAGCAAGCCCCUGAGGGUCUCGGCUCACGAAAUACUGAGGAAGGCGUGCACGCAGACGCCGGAGCUCAAGGAGUUCUACCAGAAGUGCAAGAGGAGCAACGCGAGCAAGAGCCUCGAGUACCCUCUAGUCAGGGUCGUCACGCCGGCGCAGGCCUCGACGAUGGAGCCCGUGCAGCUGAACCGCGAAGAAGACGGCCUGGAGGAAGCUGAGGCGGAGGCAGGCGACGACGGUGGUGGCGCGCCGUUUGCGCGCAAGAUGGAGACGACGGUCAGCACGGUGUGGGUCGAGUUCGACGACGAGACGACCAGCAGAUAGAUGAUGCUCACUCUUUGAAAGCCGUGCAGCCAAGCUAGCUAGCUCGUAGUUCUUUGCAACUUCCAAGUGUGUUAAUUUUGGGUGCUCCGGAUUGGACGGUCUCCUCUCUUCUCGAUCAAUCUUCUUGUGUGCAAGGUUAAUUAUUUAUUUUGAAGGAUUUGUGUCU